AUGCUCAACACGCUCCGCAGGUCGUUCGGCAUGAGCCCAAGCACCUCUCAAACCGACAUGGGCUCAGGUGGCGUUCCUGCUGGAGUCCUGUCGCCAUCCAACAAGCCAAACACCUUUGUGCCUCUGCGCAGGUCAAACAGCUUCACCAACUUCUUCUCUUCAUCUCGCCCAUCCUCACCCGUCAAGGACACUUUCGAUGCACCCACAACCAGCGCGGUCCAGUCGCCCACCAAGCACUCCUCGUCGGCGACUCACAGCGAAGUGCAAUCGGAUCCAGUCCUCGCCUUCCUCGUCCUGCUCGAUAAGAAGGGCCGUCAGAAAGAGACCUUCCCCAUCCAGAACCUCAAAACCACCCUCGGUCGAUCCAUCGAGAACGAUGUCCGCUUCCUCGCUAGCGACGUCAGCAGGAUUCACUGCACCAUCGAAAUCGAGAUCCAGGCCGCACCCGAGGGCAACGCCGCUUUCCUUCAGGUGCUCGGUGCAAACGGCGUGCUCCUCAAUGGCGUCCAGGCGCUCCCAGCUCCCCGCGGCCAAGGCACGUACCAGCUCCACUCGGGCGACUCGAUCGUUAUUGCCAAGCGCUCCUUCCUCUUCAAGCUUCCAGAGACCACUGAUGUCGACGCAGCCAAGCAGUCGGCCAACCUGUUCGCCUCGCCAGUCAAGGGAGGCAAGCCGUCGGCGGCAGCACCCCACACUCCAGCUGGCCCGCGAAGGCGCGUCAGGAUGAGCCUGGUCAAUGCGGCUCAGAUCGACACACCGGCUCGAGCCUCUCGCAAAGCGGCAUCGCCUGCAAAGUCUCGCAACGCAGACGACACCGAUAGGGAGGCACGCAGGGCCAACGGCCUCCAGCGCUUCAUGCAGUCCGCCAAUGUCAGCCCCUCCAAGGCGAAAAGGUCGGGCCGUCAGAGCCUCACUUCAUCCACAUCCACCACCGGCUUGUUCGCCACCCCGCUCAAGAGCCGCACCAUAGCCGCCGACCCCAAGACCGCCCCGCCCAAGCAGGUCAGCUUCAGCCUCUACGCCAACUCGUACUCGGGCAGGCUCAGCCCCGUCAAGCAGAUGAGGAUGAUGCCACCCCUCGAAGCCAUGUCCGAGGAGCACGACGGCAGCCUCCGCAGCGACAGCGAGCACGUCGAAGAGCAGCAUGCCGAGGAAGACGCUCAGCACGACGAGUCGGAGCAAGACAUUGUGAUUGUCGAGGAGCUAGAGCAGGAGGCCGAGGCUGCAGUCACGCAGGCUCAAGGCGAGCCAGAGGCUGACAACGCCACUCAAGACUCGCCGAUGAGCUCGAUCGACGCUGCUGAGGAUGCGGAAAACGUUCCUCCGCCCAGCGCGAGCAGCGACAACGCGCCUGCUGGCUCGCCCAGCAAGGGCGGCAGCCCCAAGCGCGCAAAGCGUCGCAGCAGCUUCUUUGGACGGGCCGGUCCUUUCAAGGGCAUGAGCCUCGGCUUCUACGCUGAGGAGCGCACCGAACCCAGCGAGCCCAGCGAGCCCGUCGAGGCCGUCGAGCCCGUGGAGUCGUCGAAGGAGCCAGAGAGUGAGGAGGCAGCUGAGCACUUUUCGGAUGCAUCAGACGUCGAGCCGGAAGAGGAGCAAGCAUCGGCGGUCGCAUUGAGCCCCAGCGCUCGCCGUGUUGCGUCCAAACAUAUGAGGCUCGGCAUCAGCAAGACCCCAUCACCCGUCAAGAAGCAGCACUUUGUCGGCCUCACACCGCUGCCUCGGCGCCCGCGCCUCAGUCUCUCGACGAAGCGCAGGGUGUCUCUGCGUACCCAGACGCUUCUGCGCUCCAGCGAGGCGUACUCCGAUCGCCUCUUCCUGCCUCCCCCACCGCCGUCGCCCGCCACGCCCGGCGCUUCGGGCCUGUCCAAGUCCAUGUCGAUGCCCUCGAGCCUGUCUGGCAUGGUCGACUUGCCGCAGCCCGAAGGUCUUACUGCUUCCGCCUCCUUCGAAGACAUCUCGGCCGCAGAAGAGAACAAGGACGACUUUGAAUCGCUGCUCGAUCCCGCGCUUGUCGAGGAGACGCCCGCACAGGCCUGGCGAGACUCGGACGAGGACGAGGACGAAGUGGACCAGAGCCUCUCGGUCAGUUCGCUCUCGCCACAAAAGCCGCCCGUGUACAACUUCAGCCCCGUCAAAGCCUCGGCGCUCCCGCAAUUCGCCACGCCGCAGCCUGCAUCCAAGACACACUCGCGCCGCAUCUCGAUGCCGCCGGCGGGUGCAAGCGAUGCCAAGCCCUCGGCACGUACGGCGCUUGUGCGUCUGCAGAUCAGCGGUGCAGGUGAGCGCAUCGUGCACGAAAAGACGCGCGACACGGCCGUCGAUGCCAGCAGCUCAUCGCCGUCCAAGAGCAGGAAGGUGGUGCGCGUCUCGGACGUCGGGCUGCCGGCUACCGAGCUGUCGAUGGGCUUUGACCUUCUGCACGACGGCGCGGCCGAGCCCGAGUCGGACAGGAUCGCAGACGCGCUCAAUGACAUGUUCACCGCCGAGGAAGAGGAGCCCACGGACGACGAGCAAGACGAUGAUGAUGAGGAGGUGACACAGGAGGAAGUAGUGCAGAUCAGCUCGAGGAACCCGUCGAGCCCGGAACGCCCGGUGACGGAGAGCGCCGCACCGCAGCCUGCAGUCCCGCAGACUCCAGCGGCACUCAACUCGAUGCGACACCUCUUCUCUGCUGCAGCCGCCGCACCCGGCACUCCCAACAUGAACGGCCUUGCCUCGAUGCUGCAGCCCAGCCCGGAGAAGACGCCUCAGUACGGCGUGCUUGGCGAGCGAAUGCGUGCCGCCAACCCAGAGAUCAGCGCCAUCCUCUCGCCGUCCAAGCGCUCGCCUACGAAGGCUGCGCUCGCAGCAAGCCCGUCCAAGCCGCGCCGCAGUGUACGACGCAGCGAGGCAGCCGAAGUGCUGGUGCCAGUUGCAACCAUCGCCGCUCCUCCUACUCCCCUCGCGACGCCGACCACUCCGAGGGCGCUGCCAUCGAUGCCAGACCUGGCUACGCCUGCCGUGACUCCGCUGCCGACGCCCGUCGCCGAGGUCCAGCCCGCGUUCGAGGCAGAGCUGCACGUCACCAUGUUUGAUGCCGCCGCCAUGGACGCCCACAACGAAGUGAUCGCACAGGCAUUGGUCGAUUCGGAGGUGACCCAGGAAGAUACAGAGUUCCAGGAGGACCAGGUAGAGGCUGACCACGCCGAGUCAACAGCUGACGCUGCCAUCGAGCCAGAGGCAGCUCCCGUCGAUGAUGCACACAUCGAGGAUGUGGCUGUAGCCGCUUCGCCCGAGCCGACUCACGAGGAGACCGAGGUGGUUGCUGACGAGCAAGAGGCGCCAGCACCGCUCGAGCCCUCGCCCACCAAGACGCGAGCUUCGCGCCGCGCAGUAUCCGUGUCUCCCACCAAGCCACGCACUCGAUCAGUCUCGCCCACCAAGCGCGCCACACGCUCGUCGCCUGUCAAGCGCGCUUUCGGCGACACAGCUCCGCAGCCAGAGGCUGAGUCGGCAGAAGAAGUUGCCACGACCGCGGCUGAGGUGUUUGGCCAGCCGGAAGAUGCUGUCGAGGCCGAGAAGGAUGCGAGCGAGUCGCCCUCCAAGGCGACGCGUCGCACUGGCACGAGGAAGGCCAAGGCUGCAGCGAGUCAGGCGAUUGCAGUGGUGUUGGAAGUGCCCGUCGCCUCGCCCGAGAAGCGGACGCGCCGUACCAAGGCCUCUGCGGCAAAGAGCAGCGAGGCUGAGGAGGACGCCAAGGUGGUAGCGGAGAGCGAGAACGAGCCGACGACGGAGGAAGACAACCACGAGGAAGAGCAGGAUGGGCAGGAGGAAGAAGAGGUUGCGGAGGCGCCGAAGCGCGCAACUCGGGCGCGGGCUACGCGCACCACGGCAUCGACGACCACCAAGCCAGCCCGCGCGAGCCGCAGCCGUGCAGCCAAGGCGAGCGAGGCGGCGCAUCCAUCGAGCAGCGCAGCGUACGGCGAUGACGAGGCGAGCGACGACGAGGCUGCACCCACCACCACCAGGGGCAAGCGCGCCACCACCAGAAAGGCAGCUAGCUCGCCGACCAAGCCCGCCGCACGCAGCACGCGCAUCCGCACCACGGCCACCAGGACCACCCGCACCAAAGCCGCUGCACCCGCCGAGGAGAAUGACCCCUCGGAAUCGUCGGCUGAGAACGACGAGCAGUCAGAGCAAGAAGCAGCUCCGGCACCCAAGACGCGCACGCGCGCCGCUGCAUCCAAGCCUCGAGCUACCAAACCUGCCACCUCAACCACGGCAUCGAGCAGAAGCAAGGCCAAGCCCAAGACCGACGACGAGGCGGCUACCACGAGGUCAGGCCGCCCCAGGCGGGCGGCUGCUGCCAAGUAA